GAGGAGAAGCUGACCUGGCUGGCGUUGGGGCUUGACCCCGGGAAGCUGUACGGAUAUUCCUCCCGGGGAGCGUAGACGGAGUUCCAGGCGCUGGAAGAAUCACCGACUCCCGCUAAGUGAUGGUAUCCGGUGAAGUCAUACGGAGGCGGGAUGUACUGACUGUUCAGUGACAGUGUCUGAGCCGGAAGUCUGGCUGUCUGUGAGUUGGAGUACAUUCCGGCUUCCUCGUCCCAGAGCUCGUUUGCUGUGCACUCAAAAUGCCCAACUGUUUUCAGAGUUUCAGGUUCGGGCCUGAAUGACAUCUGGUGUGUCUGGAAUUCGGCUGCACGUCCAAGUGUUUCCUGCUUGUAGCCCCCCACCUUCCUCUCUUAGGGGGCCUUCAGGGGCCCCUGCCUGUCAAACACAGAGAGGGGUUAGAUGCGGUCCAGAUUGCUGUUGCCAAUAGAGACAGUCUCAUUCCACCUCUCCAUUCAUAAACAAAUCACUCCGGCUCAGGACCUCUCAGCUGCUUCCGAGGGACAACAAGCUGAAUUCUGAUCUGUGUUUUGAAGUUCCCUCCCUCCGUCUUUUCUCUCCCAUCCAAUGCUUUUUGCUCCCCUCACAUUUCCCCUCCUUCCUCACCCUGCCCAACUCACUCUUACUCCAGCCUCAGCAGGGCCGGACCACUGACUCUCUCCUCUGUGUGAAUGUGUCAGGAAAGUGGUGUGCAUGUGUGUGUGCGCAUGUCUGCACUUCUUUUUACACUGAGAGCAAGCAGUCUUUAGGAGCGGUGGGCAGACUUUUCUCUUUAGAGUGUGAGAGAGAGGGAGAGGAGAGGAGACCCCUGUGGUGCUGUGAUUUGACUAAACAAACAGCCUGGCUUAGAGCGGUACCUCCUCCAGUGGACUCCGGGGACAGCAGAGAUUAACCUCAGACUCUGAACAUCUGAGGGAUCUUUACAUCUGAAGCAGCAGUCCCUGUAGAGACAAGCAGCUGGAAAUCUGUCCUCCGGUUUCAGAAGCAGGAGACCGGCUGCUCGGACAGAGAGGGAAGAGUCCUCUGGCUUUCAGGAUCGCUGUGAAGCAGAACAAAGUGCUUUGAAGGUGCCGCCAUGAGGAGGGUGACGCCAUCCACGCUCCACCUGACAGUCACAGCUCUGCUGUAUCUCUGCGCCACGCUGAGCUGUGUGGAGAUCACACCCGAUGAGAAAGACCUUGUCCUUUCCGAGGGCUCCUCUUUCUCCUUCACCUGCUCCGGCUCGGGAGAGACCACCUGGGCCUUCAAGAGGGAUGAUGUGCCAUACUUUCAGGUGGAGCAAAAUCAAAGUGGUGGUCAAAGCUUCACUGUCGAGCAAAGCAGUGCCACAUCAAGUGUGUUGACUCUGUGGAAUGUGAGCUGGAAGCACAGUGGGGUGUAUCAGUGCCUUGAUCGACACACCAGGGAAACUAAGGAGGUGUCUGUUUUUGUCCCAGACCCUGAAGUUUGGUUCAUCGAGGGCUCACACGGCAUGGUAACAAAGACCAGUGAGGAGAGCACCAUCCCAUGUGUGGUCACCAACCCAAACAUCAAUGUCACCCUGUAUGAGAGGGACACAGAGUUGCCUAUAAAGGGGGUUUAUGUCCCUAGUGAGGGGUACAAGGCACGCCUGGAGGACAGGACCUAUAUGUGUCGUGGAGAGAUGAAUGGAGAGGUUCAGGAGUCUCAGGCCUUCUACGUCUUCAGCAUUGUCGUCCCAGAGGCCAUCGACGCCUACGUCAAUGCGUCGAAGACCGUCCUGAAACAGGGCGAGUCGCUGACAGUAAACUGCACGGUUCAGGGAGUGGAGCUGGUGUUUUUUUCCUGGGAUAUCCCCAACAGAGAGAUCAAUGAGGUGGAGCCCCUGACAGACGUGUUGUCCGCCAUGAACAUGCGCUCCUGUCUGAUCUUCCCUCAGACCACAGUGGCCCAUAGUGGAAACUACAUCUGCCAUGUUCACGAGGGUGUCCAAGACCAGACGGCCUCUGCCAGCAUCAACAUCACUGUGCUCGAGCGAGGCUUUGUGGAUCUGAAACCUGCCCAGAAACAAAACAUUUCAGCCAAACUCCAGGAAAACGUGGUGCUGAGAGUUGAUAUCCAAGCCUACCCACCCCCUCAGGUACGCUGGAGCAAAGACGGCACCACCAUCAGAGGAGACAAAACCAUCAUAACCAGACAAGAGCAUGAGAUCAGGUAUGUCACUAUUCUUACUUUGGUAAGGGUAAGGACUGAGCAGAAGGGCCUCUACACCAUCCAUGUUACAAAUGGAGAUGACACAAAGGAAGUGACCUUUGACCUGGAGGUCCGAGUUCCGUCUCAAAUUAAAGACCUGACAGACCACCACCUCCCUGGGAAGAGACACUUAGUGACCUGUGUAGCUGAGGGGGUCCCAACCCCGAGCAUACAUUGGUACAGCUGUGACAGCAUGCUCAAGUGUAACAAUCAGACGGCGGUGUGGCAGCCACUGACACCAGAGCCAGAGCUGUUGAGCAUCCAGACCAAUGUCAGCUACAGCGAGUCUCGCAAAACCAGCCAAGUGCGGAGCCAGCUGACCUUCCACAAGCCGCAGCAGGUGACAGUUCGCUGUGAGACUAGCAACCAGGCCGGGCUCACUGACAGAAGAGACGUCAAACUGGUGUCCAGCACACUGUUCUCCCAGGUGGCAAUAUUGGCUGCUGUUCUAGCCUUAGUGGUCAUCAUCAUGAUGUCCAUAGUUAUCCUCAUCGCUGUAUGGAGGAAGAAGCCUCGUUAUGAGAUCAGAUGGAAGGUGAUCGAGUCUGUGAGCCAGGAUGGUCAUGAGUACAUCUACGUGGACCCCAUCCACCUGCCCUAUGACUUGGCCUGGGAACUUUCUCGAGACAACCUGGUGCUGGGUCGCACUCUUGGAUCAGGAGCCUUUGGCAGGGUGGUGGAGGCAACAGCGUAUGGUCUCGCUCAUUCCCAGUCCAGCACAAAAGUGGCCGUGAAGAUGCUGAAAUCUACAGCCAGGAGGAGCGAGACUCAGGCUCUGAUGUCCGAGCUGAAGAUAAUGAGUCACCUUGGCCCUCACCUUAACAUUGUGAACCUGCUCGGAGCUUGCACCAAACAUGGACCUUUAUUUCUGGUAACUGAAUACUGCCGCUAUGGUGACCUGGUGGACUACCUGCACAGGAACAAGCACACCCUGCUGCAGUACUAUGCUGAGAAGAACCAAGAUGACAGCUGCCUCAUUUCUGGAGGAAGUACCCCGCUUAGCCAGCGGAAAGGCUAUGUGUCAUUUGGCAGCGAGAGUGACGGAGGGUACAUGGACAUGAGCAAAGACGAGCCAUCACUCUACGUGCCCAUGCAGGAGCAGAUAGACUCCAUCAAGUACGCAGACAUCCAGCCCUCUCCAUACGAGUCGCCUUACCAGCAGGACAUUUAUCAGGAACAAGGUGGGGGCGGAUUGGACAUGUUCAUCAGUGACUCUGCUAUUCUGACCUACGACGACCUGUUGGGCUUCAGCUACCAAGUGGCAAAGGGGAUGGAGUUUCUCGCCUCCAAAAAUUGCGUUCAUCGUGACCUCGCUGCCAGGAAUGUGUUAAUCUGUGAGGGCAAACUGGUGAAGAUCUGUGACUUUGGCCUGGCCAGAGACAUCAUGCAUGACUCCAACUACAUCUCUAAAGGCAGCACCUUUCUGCCCCUGAAGUGGAUGGCCCCAGAAAGUAUUUUCCAUAAUUUGUACACCACCUUCAGUGAUGUGUGGUCAUUUGGCAUACUGCUGUGGGAGAUUUUUACACUGGGAGGUACCCCUUACCCUGAUUUACCCAUGAAUGAGUUGUUCUACAACGCUUUGAAGAGAGGCUACCGGAUGGCCAAACCUGCCCAUGCCUCUGAUGAAGUUUAUGAGAUCAUGAAGAAGUGCUGGGAUGAGAAGUUUGAGAAGAGGCCUGAGUUUUCCUUCCUGGUGCACAGUGUGGGGAACAUGCUGGCUGACAGCUAUAAAAAGAGGUACAGCCAAGUGAACGACAACUUCAUGAAAAGUGACCACCCGGCAGUGGCCCGCACCAAGCCUAGACUCUCCUCACCCUUCCCUAUCGCCAACCCAGCAUUUGGCUCCCCAUCUCCCGUCACCCUCUCCUUCCCCCCGGACCCCUACAACCAGAGUACAAGCCCCAGAGAGUUCAGACCCCAGGAUGACACACAGGAAGUCAUCCCUUCAUACAACGAAUACAUCAUCCCCAUCCCAGAUCCUAAACCAGAGGACGUUUUCACCGACGGGCCAUCAGAGAGUCCUGCAAGCUCUCUGGCCCUAGAGGAAGAGACAGACUCCAUGUCGCAGGACACAGCAGAGACUCUUCCAGAGGAGGACCGACUGGAGGAGACCAGCGAGAGAGACGCUCUGCUGGGCUUCUCUGGGACACCUGAGGUAGAAGACAGCUUCCUGUAAAAGCCCUGACGAAACAGAGCCUGUGUCUGCUUUUUUUUUUUUUUUGAAUAUGCCAGAAAAAAGGGAACAUGACUGAAUGAGAAUGUAGCAAAAGUGAAACUGAGGAGGCAAACUUUGUACGUCCACUAAGCACUAAGAGAAGUAUUGUCCUUCUUGUUUUUGUAUUACACUUAGUACCUCUGAAACGACACAAUAGUUGAAAAAUAAUAAUGAGCCUGAUGUUAUCAUCUGUUGAUUGGUAACCUAACACAAUAUCAAAACGGUACUCUCCUCACUCAUGCACUACAACAGUUUACAAUAAGAAAUGAUGCAUUCACUGCAGCCAGGGAUUCUCUAGACCUUAAAACUUAGCCAUUUGUCCCCUUUAGGCCUUUUAGCUCAACAAUCAGGGUAGCCUUCUAGAAAAGGCGGGGUCUUUCUUUCAGGUUGCUAUCUGUGUCUUAGAAUUAAAAACAAAUACAUUUACACAAAUGAAAACUAGAAAUCCUGUCAAGACCAGAACAUAAUGAAAUUUCCAUACAAGUCAGAAUCAGGAACAUUAUGUCCUAAACCAUGGAAAGUUGGCAAUCAAAUAAGAGACAACUUUGGAAACUAAAGCAUUUUCCCUUGCCUUAAGUACGACCAGUAUCUGUGUUUACUGUUUAUAACAUUUUCUUUUUAUUACCAAAACAUGUAAGACAGAGAGAUUCUACGUGCACUGUUUUUCUGUUAGGAAUACUUAUAUAUAUGUUACACUCACCACAGUGUCAGAAGUUUUUUUUACUUUUCUUUUUUUAUCAGAGAGAUAUAUAUGAAAUGUGUUUUUGUCUUCUGUGAAUACUGAAUCCUUGUUUCAUGUAGAUUUAUAUCGUAGUUCUGUGCCAGACUUGCACUUUAUUAGGAAGUUCCACGAUGAAUAAUACAAACACUCUGUAAAGAUUUUCCAACUUUAGAGAAUCAACUUUAGACUUCAAAGUCAGACUGUUACGACAACAGAGUUUGUGUGAUGACAGGUAACUCACUCAUGAUCAACUCAGCGUAUCACUGCCUUAAAGCACAAGAUGGCACACGAGUGCCUUUGUGCAGAGUCUGACAUAUUCUUGUCUUGCAGCUAUUGUUUUCUCGCUGAUACAAAGGGAUACUGUGCUCAGUAGAGUUAGACAGCCAUGUGUUCAGGAAAAAAUAAUGCGUUUAGUCGUCUGUUGCAUUGUAUAACAUUUACUUACACAGAUUAUCCAUACUUUCUUCACCAUUUAAAACAGCACAAUAUAAUUUUCUGUAGCAAUUUAAAAUGCACAAGAUCACUGUAUCACAAGCUAUGGUACCAAAGCUCUUCUUAACGUUUACAAAUGUAUUUUUUAUGUGUGCCAUUUUCUAUGUUGUAAAUGUGACAAUAAAGUGUAUUAUCGUAGAUCUA